UUCCUUAAGUAAACAAAGUGGAUUUGAUGUGAUACACACCCACGACAUAUAUUUAUACCAAAGAAGAGAUGCUGUACUAGCUGUUAAGAUCAUUCAUAAUUUCGGAAACAAUGUUUGCAUCAGUUCUUGUCACAGCUUUAGCUGUUGGAUUAGUAUUUGGAUCCCCAACAGACAGACUUACUAAAGCAAUAAAAGCUCAAGAAUUCAGCUGCUACUCCUGUGUUGAUUUACCCGAGGGAGAGACAUGUGACCAGACCACUGUUUGUCAACCUGGCCAUGAACAUUGUAUGACCCAGCAUCACUAUGAAGAAGAUGGUACCAAACUAAUAACAACUGGGUGUAGUCACAUGCAUAUUUGUAUGAACAAAGAAGAAAACAAUGCCGAAGAGUGUUAUUGGGAUGAGAGUGGAGAUUUUGAAGGAUCUUGUACCUAUUGUUGUGAAGACAGUUUAUGUAACACAGUAGUCUCCCCUCACGAUGACGAUGACUGUGACGACCGUGACGAUAAGGGAAACUGUAUGAAAAAUUUACCUGCUGCAAAACCAAAUUCGAAAGGUGCCAAACCCAACUCAAAAGCCACUAAACCAAACUCCAAAGGAAAACCUACAAAACCAAAUUCGAAAGGUGCAAAACCCAACUCAAAAGCCACUAAACCAAACUCCAAAGGAAAACCUACAAAACCAAAUUCGAAAGGUGCAAAACCCAACUCAAAAGCAACUAAACCAAACUCCAAAGGGAAACCUACAAAACCAAAUUCAAAAGCUACUAAACCGAACUCUAAAGGAAAACCAGCAAAGCCAAACUCAAAAGCAACUAAGCCAAACUCAAAAGGAAAACCUACAAAGCUGAGUUCCUGA